AUGUCGCCGCCAACGACAAGGGACAGAAAGCGCAAAGCGGCAACUCGCGAUGUUCCUGAGCAUUCAGAUGUGGAGUCGGAAGCCGAAUUUGGAGAUGGACUGCUAGAAGGCAUCUUGUCGCAAAGCGAAGACUCGGAAGGCGACAGUGAGGACGAAGGAGACAGCGAGGACGAAGAGGAGGUAGAUGAGGAUGAAUUGGAGGCCCUAGAUAGCGAUGAAAUACCGUCAGAAGAUGACGACGAUGGUGCGAACGGAGUUCUAGUGAAAAGCAACGGCACAGCACAAGACGCGAUCAGCAGUCGAGCGAUACUUGAGGAAGAAGACGACGACAAGCCCAAUUAUACGGUCACAACGGACGCCAAUGGAGGAGAACGAUACAUCUACAAAGAGAUAGAUCCUGUCUAUGAUUCGGACGAUUCUGAUGCAGCAGAUGCUACCAACACGAUUGGAAAUAUUCCGUUAACAUUUUACGAUUCGUACCCACACAUUGGAUAUGAUAUCAAUGGCAAGAAAAUUAUGCGGCCCGCCAAGGGAGAGGCACUGGAUGCAUUACUGGACAGUAUAGAUGUGCCUAAAGGCUGGACCGGAAUGACCGAUCCUGCAACUGGAAAGCCUCUGAACCUAAGCCAGGAUGAAUUGGAAAUUCUCCGAAGAAUUCAGACAAACGAGAUGCCAGAAGAUGGAUAUGAUCCAUAUCCUGCUACUGUCGAGUACUUCACUGGUAUCGAGGAGAUCAUGCCUCUGAGUUCGGCACCAGAGCCAAAACGGCGCUUCUUACCAUCCAAGCAUGAAGCCAAGAGAAUCAUGAAAAUUGUUCGAGCCAUUCGUGAAGGAAGGAUUCUACCAUAUAGGCCACCCGAAGAGAAAGAAGAGGAAGAGGAAGAGGUACAUUACGAUAUUUGGCAGGAUGAACAAGCACGGCCUGACCAUGUUAUGAACAUUCCUGCACCAAAAGCGCCUCCGCCAGGUUAUGAUCUGAGUUACAAUCCACCUCCGGAAUAUCUCCCUUCGAAGUCAGAGAAGAAAGAGUGGGAGUCAACUGAUCCAGAAGAUAGAGAGAAGGAAUACUUGCCUACAGGCUACGAUUCAUUACGGAAAGUACCAGGGUAUGAGAAGUUUAUCAAGGAACGAUUUGAACGCUCAUUGGACUUGUACUUGGCACCUCGCGUUCGCAAGAAUCGACUCAACAUUGAUCCAGCAUCGCUGCUACCGAAGCUACCAAGGCCCGAGGAGCUUAAGCCUUUCCCUACUGUGUGCUCCACACUGUUCCGGGGUCACGACGGCAGAGUACGCAGCUUGGCUAUUGACCCAUCUGGAAUUUGGCUUGCAAGUGGUGGUGACGAUGGCACAGUCCGUGUUUGGGAACUUUUGACAGGACGACAGCUUUGGAGCGCCAAGAUUGGUGACGACGAAGCAGUAAAUGUUGUAAGAUGGAGACCUGGGAAGGAUGCAGUUAUACUUUCAGCAGCUGCUGGUGAAGACAUCUAUCUUCUCGUUCCACCGAUCGUGGAUCCACAAACAGAAGCCGCCAGCCGUGAACUGCUUGAUGCAGGAUUCGGGUAUGCCACGAACGCGACUCAAGCACUCACCGCAAAUGGCGCCCGGAAAGAACCUGUAGCGAAGUGGACUCGACCGGGAUCGCGUCUUGAGGACGAAGGAGUUCUCAUCAAGAUUACCGUUCGCACAACAGUAAAAGUUAUUAGCUGGCACCGUAGGGGGGAUUUCUUUUCAACCGUAUCUCCAACAGCUCAGAAGAGUGCUGUUGCCAUCCAUACACUCUCGAAGCACCUUACUCAAAUACCCUUCCGCCGACUUCCUGGGAUUCCACAGACGGUCCAAUUCCACCCUUCGAGACCACUAUUCUUCGUUGCAACGCAGCGUACAAUCCGCAGUUAUGAUCUUCAAAAGCAGGAGCUUGUUAAGAUCAUUCAACCUGGUGCUAGAUGGAUCUCGUCCUUCGAUAUCCAUCCUGGCGGCGACAAUCUCAUUGUUGGUUCAUAUGAUAGACGACUUCUGUGGCACGAUCUGGACCUGUCGACUCGGCCGUAUAAGACCAUGAGAUUCCACACUAAAGCUAUUCGCGCAGUCAAGUAUCACAAAGGAGGCUUCCCAUUGUUCGCCGAUGCCAGUGAUGACGGUAGCUUACAGAUUUUCCAUGGCAAGGUUGUCAGUGACAUGAUGGAGAACGCAACUAUCGUACCAGUGAAGGUUCUCAAGGGACACAAGGUCAAGAGUGCGCUGGGCGUUAUGGAUAUCGAUUGGCAUCCAAGGGAACCAUGGUGUGUAAGUGCUGGCGCUGAUGGUACUUGCCGCUUAUGGAUGUGA